GAUGUGGAGUCCACUCUUAUUCUUCUACAGGGUCAGAACCAGGCCAUCAGAGAGGAGCUGAACCUUCUUAAGAGCGAGAACCGCAUGUUAAAGGACAGACUCAAUGCUUUAGGUUUCUCCCUGGAGCAGAGGUUGGACAGUUCUGAGAAGCUCUUUAACUAUAGCUCCCUUAGUCCAGACCUGGCAGCAGGCAGUGGGCAGAGCGAUGGUGGAGGCACAGGUACACUGACCUCCUCUGUAGAAGGCUCUGCUCCCGGUUCUUUGGAGGAUCUUCUCACGGGACAACAACACGGCGGCUCUGCAGAUAACCUUGACAGUGAAUCCAGUGAGGUGUAUCAGGCCAUCACCUCCAGUGACGAUGCUUUGGAUGCUCCAUCUGGAGCCUCCUCGUCUUCAGAGUCAGAGUGUGCACCG